ACUGGUCACGACGGCCUCGCCGCUGCUGCCCUCCUCCCUUCCCUUCGCGCGCUUCCGCGCCGCUCAACCCGUCCACCGUCGCGCCACUCACGGCCUCACGGGGCAAGCGCGAGGUGAGCCCACCUACCGCGGCAUGCGGUGGAGCGCGCGGCACACCAAGCCCCGCCCCCGGUGACGACGCGCAGCCGUCCAGUGCGUCUGCGCCCUUGAUGUGUUCGAGCAAAUGCCACGCCGGAGAACCUGCGUCGGGUCUAUGCAGGAUCCACGCGCGGGUGGCCUUGGCGCAGUUACUAACGACGGCAGUCUCCACCGGAGCAUUUGCCCGAAUGAUUAACCGGCUCAUCUUUGCCAUUGGGCUACCCUGGCGACCCAUGCUCAUUUCAGCUCCGAGCUGGCUGGUCGAACCACAGCUGCUUCCUUUCGAUGAAUCAUCACUCUCCUUUCCUCUGAAUCCAUCGGUUUGGUAUCUCCCCUGUGCCGGGCCUGCUUUUGCUCCUGUUGUUGCUGUGCUGCCUUAAGCGUGCGGGGAGAUGACAGGGUUUCUUGGCACGGUAGUUGAUGCAGCAACAGGAUGGCUGGUGCAAAGCAUCAUUGGGAGCUUCUUCACUAGGCAGAUGGAAGCCUGGACUCAUGAAAUCGGGCUCACUGAAGAUUUUGAGAAGCUCAAAUUUGAGAUGAGGAACGUGGAGAUGGUGCUUGCUGCUGCUGAGGGAAGGAUUAUUGGCGACAAUAAGCCUCUGUCCCAGUCACUGGAUGAUCUCAAAGGGCUGCUUUAUGACUCAGAGGACGUGAUGGACGAGCUCGAUUACUACCGACUACAACAACAGAUCGAAGGGAAAGGUUGUACCGCUGCCAGUGAUGAUAAUUCUGAUGGGAGCUAUGUGUCCUCAUCUGCCCCAUCUUCUGCUUCUGAAUUAGUAUACAGUGCCACAAGCCAAAUAACUAGAUGGGCCUCGUGCGGCAGAAAAAGGAGACGUGAAGAGGAGGGGCCAGCUCAUAGUAUCAUGCUGACUUAUGAGAUUAAACAUGACAUUUCUCAGAGAAUCAACGGUAUAGUGAAACAUUUAUGCACUAUUGGCAAUUCUGUGCAGAGAGUUCUUCAGCUUGAGAUCUCACGCCCCACUGCAACAUCAAAUGAGAGUCAGAAUAUUUGCAGGAAUGCUCGAUUAACAACUUCUGUUCCAAUUGAAUGUAAGGUGUAUGGGAGGGAUGCAGAGAGAGACAAGAUAAUAGAGCUGUUGAUAAAUGGGGGAUCUAGUGAACUGAAUGUUUUGCCAGUGGUUGGCAUUGGUGGUGUUGGGAAGACGACUCUUGCUAGAUAUGUAUACCGUGAUGAAAGGAUUACAAAUCAUUUUGAUUUGCAAAUGUGGGUUUGUGUAUCCACAAACUUCAAUGAAGUGAGGCUAACACUUGAGAUCCUAGAGCAUGUGUGUAAAGAUAGACAAGAGUAUGAAAAAAUAAGCAAUUUCAAUGUACUGCAGGAGAUCCUUUUGAAGAAUAUUAGAAACAAGAGAUUUCUGCUUGUAUUGGACGAUGUGUGGGAAGACAAGAACAUAAGUGGAUGGAUUAAACUCUUGGCUCCAUUGAAAAAUAAUCAAGUAAAUGGUUGCAUGGUACUAGCAACAACUAGAACAAAAUCAGUUGCAAAAAUGAUUGGAACAGUGGAUGAAGUUAGAUUGAGUGGUCUGGAUGAAAAGGAGUUUUGGCUGUUCUUCAAGGCAUGUGCAUUUGGUAAUGAGAACUACGAGGGUCAUCCUAGUUUGCAAUCUAUUGGGAAACAGAUUGCUAAAGCACUAAAGGGCUGCCCACUAGCUGCACGAAGCGUUGGUGCACUUCUGAAUACAAAUGUUAGCGAUAAGCAUUGGAGGAUAGUUCGGGACAAAUGGAAAUCCUUUCAAGAAGAUUCUGAUGAUAUUUUACCCAUCUUGAAGCUCAGUUAUGAUUAUCUGCCAGUCCACCUUCAACGUUGUUUCUCGCACUGCUCUUUGUUUCCAGAGGACUACCCAUUUGAUGGGGAGCAAUUGGUCCAUGCUUGGAUAUCACAGGAUUUUGUGCAGUGUGAAGAUCGUACCGUAAGACUAGAGGAAACAGGGCAGGAAUAUUUGGAUAGAUUAGUGGAUUUGGGCUUCUUCCAAAUGGUUAACUCACACUAUGUUAUGCAUGAUUUAAUGCAUGAAUUGGCAGGGAAAGUUUCAUUAAAUGAGUGUGCUACUAUACAUGGAUUGAAACCUGAGGCAAUUCGACCAAGUGUUCGCCAUUUGUCAAUCAUAACUACUGCUUUUGAUAAAGAUAACGGUGGCAAUUUUCCUAACGAGAGGUUUGAAAAAAUACUUCAGAAGGUUCGGCCUUUGCAAAAAUUGAGGACCUUGAUGUUGUUUGGGCGAAGCAGCAUAAAUUUAUUAGGGUCCUUACGUGAUUUAUGCAAGGAAGCAAAAUGUUUACGGUUUCUAAGAAUUUUUGUGACAGGUGCUGACAUCAGCUCUAUAAACAGGCUGUUAAAUCCAUGCCAUCUUCGCUAUCUUGAAUAUGUUUGUGUUGUCACCACAACCAUGUCGCUGUUUCCUCAAGCAUUGACAAGAUUUUAUCACCUUCAAGUAUUGAAUGUGGGUAUUUCAGGCAAUCUUGCUGUGCCUACUGACAUGCAUAAGCUUGUUAAUUUGCGCCAUCUUAUUUCUCAUGAGAAAGUGCAUCAUGCAAUAGCUUGUGUUGGCAACAUGACCUCUCUUCAGAAACUAAGAUUCAAGGUUCAAAAUGUUGGCAGUUUUGAGAUAAGGCAGCUUCAGUCGAUGAAUGAGCUUGUACUGCUUGAAAUUUCUCAACUUCAAAUUGUGAAGACUAAAGAAGAGGCUUGUGGGGCCAGGCUGUUAGACAAAGAGUAUCUAGAAAAGUUGUCCUUGUCAUGGGAGGAUAGCAGCAUGAGCCUUGAACCUGUAAUGGCAGAAGAUGUGCUUGAAGGUCUUCAACCACAUUCGAACCUCAAAACUCUAGAAAUAACUGGAUACAGUGGUGCUAUCCCUCCAACCUGGCUUUCCAGUACUUUCUCAGUUACCUCAUAGCAGAUACUUCAUCUAAGGAAUUGCAAGGAAUGGCGAAUUGUUCCAACUCUUGAAAUGCUUCCUUUCCUUAGGAAGCUGACAUUGAUCAGGAUGUUGAAUUUAAUGGAAAUCUCAGUUCCUUCCUUGGAAGAGUUGAUCUUGAUCAAUAUGCCAAAAUUGGAAAAAUGUAUUGGUUCCUACGGAAUGGAGUUGACUUCCCAUCUAAGGGUUUUGAUGAUCAUGAAAUGCCCUCAACUGAAUGAUAUCACUCUUUUCCAGAGUUACCCUUCUUUCGAUGCUGAGCAGAAGUCAUGGUUCCCAUCUCUCAGCAAACUCUACAUCAAGAAAUGCCCUCAUAUAAUCAAGUGGGCAAACCUUCCCCUAAGAGAAAUGGGGGCGCUCAAGGAGUUGGAGUUGGUGGACCUACAUGUUGUCAAAGAAUUGUCAGUUCCUUCCCUGGAGAAGUUGGUGUUGACUAAAACGCCAAGCCUAGAAUUCUGCAGCAGUCUAACAACUUCUCCACCUCUGCAAUUUUUACCUUCCCAGGGAGAUAAAGAAAAUUGGACAUCUAAUCUCCAUAGACUCACCAUCCAUGAUUGCCCUUGUUUGAUAGUGUCACAUCCUCUUCCGCCUUCUGCUCUGAUUUCUGAGUUGUCCGUCAGGGGAGUUCCUACACUUCCAACAAUGAGUAUAAGCCAAAGACAGUUGAUUAUGGAAUCUAAUGAGUUGAGUGUGCUGGAUGACAGUAUCUUGGCAUUCGAUAACCUUAGGGGCAUAACAUUGUUUGAAAUAAGAAACUGUCCAAAUCUGGUCUCCAUUUCAAGUGAAGCUUUCAGCCAGCUCAUCGCUUUAGAGGAUUUAUGUAUAUACGACUGCCCUAAUCUGAGCAUGUCAAACAUUAUGUAAGAGGUUGUCCAGGAAAAUAGUAUGUCUACAAGCAGUCUUGUCCUUCCAUCUCUUUGGGUAGUAAACCAAGAGAGCAUGGUGAGCCUUACACGGGAACAAGAGAGAGCAUUACAGCUUCUCCUCCAAGAACUUUGAUUUUGGUCAUGCCUGAGUCUCUUAUCACAUCCUGCAAACCUACAUAGCGUGACCUCCAAGGAGCGGUUAUCUAUCAUACAAUGUAAGAGCAUCAGAAGGCUGCCAGACAUGGGCCUCCCACCUCUCAGUUUCUGUUGAUUAGUCAGUUGCAGCAAGAAGCUAGGUGUGCAAUGCAAAAUUGCGGCAACAGAAAGCUACAGGUCACUAUUGAUGUCGAGACUGAGUUAAUCAAUAGUGGCUUCUUAGCCAUCAGAGACGCACAUGUUGCUGCACUUGCCAUCACUAGCACAUUCAUGCCAGUGCGGCAUACCCCUUUUGGUUUUCCACAAGCUACUCAUGGAUGGACACAGAACCAUGGGUUGAAAGUGACAAGCUCGUUUUUGUUAUGAGGGGCAUUGUGACCUUUCCCUCAUUCUUGUGUCUUCUCUGGUCAGUCCCUGGCAGUAAGGUGUGCUAUCGCAAGUUGACUGUCCGGCAUGAGAUAUGACUUCAAAUUGUAGAAGAAAUAUAAAGGUCUACUAGUUACUCUACCACCCGUCUCCUGAUGCAGUUCUGCUGUGAAAAAGGAUGUUUCUGUUUGGCAGUAAAACCGUGCAGCAGAUCGCUGGAACCCAACCUCACAUAGGAUGCUUAUAAAGUCAUCAUGUUAUAAAAAAAUAAUUUUGCGAGGCAAGUCAUCAUGUUAUAUGACGGCACUUGGAAUCUGCGGUCAACAAGCCUACCUGAUUAGGGAUGAGAUGAGUGCACAUCUUGCUGGAUGCCAGAUGACACCAUUUCAGGUGUGGACUGACAAGCGGGCCAUGUCCAUGAAAACUGAAGACGGUACAGCAACCAGUCGGUGACGAUCUCUGGUCUGGUGAAAAUUGGAGGUUGAAGUCGGGGGAUGGGAAGCAGCAGCGGGGGCAACUCGGAUGGACCAUGGAUUGUUAUACUAACUGCAGCCUACCAAAUAUGUUGGAACUCUGAACUCUAUGGAGCUCCAUGGCAUCAGCCACUGAUUCAAGAGAAAAAAUACUGAAGAGAUCACAUGGCGAGUGAUCACACGUAAACGUAAACACAUGAACCAUAUGCGGACACAAUUUCUUCACGAAGGCACCGCAAAGGUUGCUGCCUGGUGCCGCUUUUGCUUGGCGUGAAUACAGAGAAGCAGAGUCAUGCGACACAUAGGAAGUCAAUCAUCAACGGCUUUGCGAGUCUGAACAGACACGCCAUGAUCAAUUUGAAGUAUUGUAUCCAAGUUUUGUCGGAAACAAAAAUGAACUAUUUGAAGCAUUGUAUUGGCACGCCAUGAUCAAUUUGCGCUUCCUCCAUUACCUGAUCGGCUCACGACCUCCAUCUUCUCCUCUGCUGCCUCGCCACUUCUCAGCAGCAGAUCCAUCUUCGGGUGCCUCCUGCCGACAGGCUUGAUCGAGGCCUGGACACGCGGAAGCUGGCCGGGCUCGACGGCGGGGAGGCUCGCUUGAGCGCGAGAUGAGGACAGCCGAGGUCGCUCAGCUGAAACUGCAGGCAUGGACUGUCCUCCCAUAUCCUGUUCGAGAAACGUAUUAUCUUCUGGUACUGGUAAAGAGCACCUAGUACAAUGCUACGUACGCUUGCGGCCUUGCGGGUGGGAGGGUGCGUCGGGCUGCACCGGGCGAUUCAAUGCGACGCACCGGCGAGAGUCGUAGGCUGGGCCGGCUGCGCUGAAGUGCUGAACCGACUUGCUUUUGAAGUGCUCUACUAUGCUUUUAAAGUGCUGUGGCCUGUGCAUAAACACCAUGAUAAAUUCUCUCACACUAUUACUAUUUGAUGCAUAUGCGCAUCGGUUGCGUUGUUCGCAAAAUGUAAAUUCACGCAUUGCUUAUGAGCUACUUGGCAGAAUUUGUUCAUCAGUUGUUGAAGCAGUAUUGCUUUGCUCUAGGUUUGCCAUUCAGUACAAUCGUGUUCGUGUA